UUGAAAUAUCUAAUAAAAGGCAAGUCCGCGCACCUUUAGUGCAGGUAAGGACAGAUUUUGGCACAGGUGAGUUGUCACUGUUGCUCUUGUUACAUCCACUGAGUUGGUGUCUACAUGACAUUUUGUGCUUACCCUUAAAGUCGUCACGUAACUAACAGAAAUGAGAAGUUUCUCAGCUUGGAUACUGAUCCUUGUGAUGUUGGUGGGGUUAACAAAUGGCCAAACCAAAUACUGCUGCUCCAUUAACCAGUGGGAAGGACUUCAAUCUAGAAUUACUGGAACAGCACCUCAUGGUGUAGGCUCUUUAAUUAAGGAAGAUAGCUAUGUCUACUAUGAUUCCACCAACCGUCGUGUUGCGGCCUUUCUCAACACUACCUCACCAACCGAAAAUACCGAGAACUUUUUCCUGGAGGUUUAUACAGGUUCUGUUGGGAGGAUUUACAUACUAGAUUUGCUAACAAGAAAAUGCACUCUUCAAGUGUCCUCAUUGCCUUUCAGUGGAGCAUGUGUACCUGAUAACGCCACCAAGCUCAGCGACAUCUUCUUUGGCACGUCCGUUAACCCUCUCAACGCUGUCGCCUACCAUCUUCUCCAAGAAGUGGCUGGCAGUAAACUGGAAGUCGUUCUCACUGUCACGGCUGACGGAAGCUGCGUCCCGGUCACCCAGCUUGUCACUGGAGCUAUAGAAGGAGAGCCUGUGAUGCAAGUGACGGGUUAUACGAACAUCAGGCCUGGCAUCUCCCGACCCUCGGUCUUCAACGUGCCACCUGAGUGUCAAGGUGUCUCGGAGGUCGAGACCAAGACACAGAGAUUUCGUCGGUCGGCCACAGGUGCUGGUCUGCCUUCCGUCAUGAACAACCUCUUUCGCCCAUGAAGAUGAAGUUGUGUAUCAUCCCUGCCUGUAGUGUCUCGCCGUCCCCUUUCAGUUUGCUAGCGUGUUCGAGCCAAGACAUGGCGUAGUAAAAGUUUGUUAACAUACAGUACUCUGUUGGAUGCCCAGCAUUCUAUUUCUUUAAUUUUUUUUAUGAUCAAUUUCGGUCUGGGCUAGCUUUUAAUUACAUAUUAAUGUUACACUGUUUCUCUCUGUACUUCAAAACAUUCUGUAGCAUCUCUAAUCAGUCAUGAUACUUAUGUAUUCCAAAAAUGUACGUUUUCAAUACUAAUAAAAUAGGAUUUUUCAUUC